UAUUUCUCUCUGUAAUGUCCGAGACAAUUCAAUAGAGAUGAUAUCUCGUCUCCAACUUCCCAUCCUCUCCGCUUCAUCUGGUUGCCUCCGCCGCCGCCUCUCCUUCUAUUCAACCACUGCCGCCACCGCUUCUUCGUUCGCUUCCCACUUAUCUCCUCCUCUGAAACCCCAAACUCCUCUCUUCCUACGCCCCCUCUCCUACUCCACCUCCCCUUCCUCCCUCGUCUCCUUCCGCCAAUGGGCAGAAUUCCUAGCCCGAUCUUACGCUGCCGACCUAUCCGUUGACGGUGGCCCGUCCGCAUCCGAACUAAUCCGUGAGCUCUCCUGGCUUCUACAAGACGCUACAUUCCAGGUUGGCGAAACCGUGUUGCUCAGAACUGACCUCCAAGAUCUCUACUGUUUAUGGAUGCAGCGAAUCGAGGAGCGGCGUCCGUUUCAGUACAUUGUUGGGUGUGAACAUUGGCGUGAUUUGGUCUUGGCAGUGAGAGAAGGGGUAUUGAUUCCUCGACCUGAGACGGAGCAGCUUGUUGAUUUAGUGGCGGGGGUGGAAGGAUUCAAGGACGGGUUAUGGGCGGAUUUGGGAACCGGGAGUGGUGCCAUUGCGAUUGGGAUUGGGAGGAUACUUGGGGAGAAUGGAAGGGUUGUGGCGACGGAUUUGAGUGAGGCGGCGGUGGAGGUGGCACGAUUUAAUGUGGGGAGGUAUAAAUUGGAGGUUUGAACUUUGAAGGGGUUUUUUCAAAAUGGGAGCAAGUCAUUUUUAAUGCUGAGGAUAUCCGGAAGGGUACUUAAGUGUCUAUUUGUUUCGAGUCUUUCGACCCUGUGGAUGUUUUGAUGUAGAAGAAACGUUGACUGUUUGUUUUUGGUGUAAAUUUUCUUUAUUUAUUUUACAGUUAAUUACUUUUUGGCUAUCUUCUUCGCAAAACAAGAUAAAUGUAGUCAACUUUAGUGUUUUCAUUUUAUGCUGGACAGAGAUAAAAAACCACAAGUGUCAGUCACUAAUAACUGGUAUCCACAUCGCCUGUAGCAAUAGGACUCGUAUUGCUUUUGAUUUAUCAUUUAUGUCUAAGGCAUCGUUUGGACGACUUUUUUAUGCUUCUUAAAGCAGAUAUUUAGCACAUAAAUUUUAAUUUUUUAACUAAGAAGUUACUUUAAAAAGCAAUAAAAAAACCGUCCCAAACGAAAUCUAAAUUUCUCGCUACUAGCUUCCAAUCUCUACUUUGAAUAUAGCAUAAUUUACUGUUAUCAUUUAAAAAUCUAAAUUAUAAAAUGGUUUUGAUACUUUUAAAGUGUACAUAUUUCUUAAUAUGAACUGUGGUUUCUAUUUUACAUCUU